AUGGCUGCUGACGUUCAGCCAAUUGCGCAGGUCAAGCUGCCUGCUCAACCCUCCUCCCUCACCCCAGAACAGACUUAUUGGCGCACCUUCAAGUCACCAGUUAACAUUGCUUCCCCGACAAAACAUGGUGUUGUGCACAUUUCACAACCACAGCGAUCACCUACAACCCAGACCUCAUCUGAACUGUUCGCCGUCACCACCGGAACCAGAGUGCAGCUUUACUCCGUCAAGACGAGAAAGCUGGUCAAGACCAUCACCAGGUUUGACGACACAGCCUACAGCGGCGAGGUACGAUAUGACGGACGAGUGUUAGCAGCCGGCGAUGAGACUGGCGCUAUUCAAGUGUUCGACGUUAACUCAAGAGCCAUUCUGAAAACAUGGAAAGAGCAGAAGCAGCCAGUUCAUACUGUCUGCUGGAGUUCGAAAGAAAGCACUGCCCUGAUGAGCUGUGGUGACGACCGAACCGUGCGGCUGUGGGAUCUUCCCAGUGAAGCAAGUGUCGAGACGUUCCGUGGUCAUCAGGACUAUGUUCGUACCGGUGCUUUCUUGCCUGGACAGUCAAGCAAUCUACUGGUGUCUGGGAGCUAUGAUCAAACAGUACGUUUAUGGGACCCUAGGACCCCGUCUGCUGCAGUCAUGACAUUCAAGCACAUCGCCUCGGUUGAAAGUGUUCUUUGUAUGCCUUCUGGAACUGCUAUUUUGGCUGCGGCAGAUAACCAGAUUGCUGUCCUCGAUAUAAUCGCCGGUCGGCCCCUACACAUGAUCAAAAAUCAUCAGAAAACUGUUACCUCUUUGGCUUUGGCAUCCAAUGGCUCAAGACUUGUCAGUGGUGGUCUCGAUGGGCACAUGAAGGUCUUCGAGACCUCCGGUUGGAAUGUAGUUGCUGGCUCGAAAUAUCCCUCACCCAUCCUAUCCCUUGCUGUGGUAGCGGCAGGCAGUACUCGGGAGGACAAGCAUGUUGUGGUAGGCAUGUCCACUGGCCAGCUCAGUAUCAAAACAAGGUUAUCAGGUGAACAAAAAGUCAAAGAAAAAGAACGCCAAAAACAGAUGGACGCUCUUAUUGCUGGAAAGCUCGAAGAGUAUGACAAGAAACAGGCCAAAAAGCGUCCUCGAGGGAUUGAAAAGCGGUUAAGAGGACGAGAUCAUUCGGGUGAAGAUGCUGGAAUUAUCAUAGAAGGCAACGCGAGGCCCAAGCAAAAGAAGAAAAGUCCUUGGGAACUUGCUCUGCACAAAGGGCGAUAUGGAGAAGCGCUCGAUAUUGCCCUCAAGCUGGAGAAGUUGACAGUUAUCACCGUUCUCAAUACCCUCCGACAUCGAUCAGCCUUACGAACAGCUCUAGAGGAUCGCACUGAAGGCAGCCUCCAGCCGGUUAUUCUCUGGGUUUUCAAGCACAUCACAGACACCGAUUGUGUGCCACUGUGCGUCGAAGUCUCCAUGAAUAUUAUGGACCUGUACUCUAAGCAUCUUGUGGAAAGCGAGCAGCUGGCCACCCAGGUCGCCAAACUUCGCGGACGAGUCUGGGAAGAGGUCGAUCGUGCACAGCAAGCAUCAAUGACUAGGGGAAUGCUCCAAAUUCUAAGCCCUGCAGUUGCAAGUUAA